GAGCUGCAGCCACAGAAAAGUUUGCAUGGAUGUAGCUUAGUAGAGUAGAAGUAUGAUUUAGCUAAAAGAAAAGCAAAUAAAAAGGAUAUUUAGACAUGUUUGCUGAAUGGAAGUCGAUGUUUUAUCCAAUUUGGAGCCCCUGUCUACAGUGAUUGUCCUGACAUUAGAUGAAUGCGAUGACCAGCAGACUAACUGGCCUGUUCAGCAUUGGCGAGGACUUUGAUGAUGAGGACCUGCUCGGGACAGACUGGGCUGUCCGCUCGUCGUCUGGACCAGCCGAUGUGGCAGCUGCUGUGUCAUCCUGUACGCUGCGUGCUUCAUCUGUGGCUCAGAGAGAACCGGAGAAAAACCGCCUCCAGCAAACUGGAGAGAGAUCAGCUGUCCUGUGCAGUGGCACGGCAUCAAGGAGCAGCACGCACACCUCUGCUGGACAAACUCUAGCUCUGGGACUGAGACAACUCCCCUCCUCUUUCUCCUCCUCCUCUGUUCCUCAUCCUCCCACACUGAAUAAUGCUCAGCCUGAUUUGGCACCACAACAGACUAACACUGCAGGGACGUCGAAGCCCAGUGCAGCUCAGGAUGACUUUGAUGAUUGGGAUAUUGACCUGGCAGACUUAGAAGAGGUUGACCGCCAGAUGGGACAGCCAGAUCGACCCCCUGCUUCUUUCCCACCCGUACCCACACCUGUAUCUGCAGCCAGAGCGCUUCGGCCCACAAACCGUGGUGCUCCUCACACACUACCAAAUAAUCAGCCUUCAGCUCCACACAGUCCUGGUGUUUUCCCAGGUUUCACUGCUGCUUCCCCCAAACCCAGUUCAUUUUCCCGAAAAUCCACAGGACCGCAGCAUCCACAAAAACAUUUCUCAACCCCAGGACCCUCCAAACAGAGCUGCGGCCUCUUUGAGACCCUUUCCCCAGCAGCCUCGUCCCAUGCGAGUCCUCCAGCUUUGAGCCCACUCCCCCUCCGUGCCCCAGUCCUCACCAACCGCCUGGUCCAGCUGGUCUCGGCCUCCAGUAAGCUUCCACAGAAGAGGCCUCGCUCUGAGGGUCACCGGCCCAGGACCCGCAGGUUUCCCGGUCCUGCAGGGCUCUUACCACAACAGCCUCAGGGUCAGAGCCUGGAUGACAUAGUGGUCCCUGUUCCCCAGACUCCGGCUCAUGGAGUCAUGGCCCGGUUGCCAAGCCAGUGUUCCAGCUCCCAGAGCGAUGAAGACGACUUCAGUGGUGGGGCCUGGGCCGCGAUGAAGGCCGAGAUGGGAUUGGACGAGAGGAACCCGUCCUGUUUCCUCAGCUCCUACAGCGUCGUCAUGGUUCUGCGGAAGGCUGCUUUGAAACAACUGGUAAAGAACAAAGUGCCAAACAUGGCCGUGCUGCUCAAGAGCAUCAUCCACACACACACCGACGCCAAGGCUGUGUUUAAAGACCCAACAGGUGAGAUUCAGGGAACUGUGCAUCGACGUCUCCUGGAGGAUAGAGUUGGGGAGCUAAAGGUCGGGGCUGUACUCCUCCUUAAACAGGUUGGGGUGUUUUCUCCAUCUCAUCGUAAUCAUUACCUCAACGUGACUCCCAACAACCUGUUGAGGAUUUACUCCCCGGAUGGAGUCGGACUCACCUCCUCCUCUCAGCUGCCCCCACUCGUCUUGGAGCCAGUUUUGCAGCCAUCAGCCCCAACUCCCAGCCUCCACCAGGAGCCCGUGUCUCAGAUGCAGCUGGUUUUCGACGAGGACAAUGAUGAAGGAAACGCAGAGGGACACAAACUCCCACAAUCCCCGGCAGCCGCUGCAGUCAGAAACGCCCAAGAGUCUGCUGAGAAGUCGGCGCCGCAGGACUCAGGCUGGGAUGCAGAUGACCUGGAUGAACUCCUGGGAGAGUUACCCGAGGACAGCUACAGCUUUUGAUAUCACUUGACCCCGUCCGACUUUUCGUUGUCUGAUCACUGAGGAAUAUGUGUAAAUAUGUGUAUAUAUCGAAAACAUUUGUUCCCUGUAACUUUGUGGGUUUGAGCUAAAAAAAAAACAACAAAAAAACAAUACUACAGUGAUUAGUCUCAGCUUGUUUUGUUGUUACCCUCGCUGCCAUGCACCGCUGAUGACGGAUGUGUUCUAAGCAGCAUUCUCUUGCAGCUAACAUACGCUCAUUAACUGAUUACAAAGCUCCAAAAAUCAGCCGUUUGAUUUCAGCCUCAUGUAUUAUAUUACUGUCAAGUCUGUAAUUAGUUUGAAGCUGCGCGGUUGUGUAUAAAAGCACAUGCACUCCUGCACCUUCUUUCAGUCUUAUCCGUUCUCGCGCCCGCUUCAGUGACCUUGAAAUGGAAAGCUAAUCUACACAGCAUUGAUUUGCAAAUUAUGCAAAAUGAAAGCGAUGUGAGGCA